AGGAAUAGAUUUUGCCCCAUCGUAUUGAACUCCGUGACCGCACGAAAAGCAAGCAGACGAGAGUGUCGAUGUGCAGAGAGUUUGCCACUGUUGUCACCUCGCCGUGCUCCCCUUCCCACAGUCACCCACCCAGGGUGGAAAGCCAGGAUCUGAUGUUGGUGGGUAUAUGUGUGUGUCGGGGGUGAGGGAGGGGAUGAUUCUCGAUUCCUCCUUCCUUCCCUCGACACUCACGCUCCUGGACUCUUGUUCACUCUUUUGCUGCAGUCUCCGACCGGUCGAACCCAUCCCCACCCCUCCUCUCCCCCCCCAUGAGACCCGCGUUGGGUCCCAGGCAGCCGUGCGCAUGCGCCGCCCGUUGCCGCUUUGCGGAGUCGCGUUCCGCUGGCUGUCAGGCGGCCGUCGGCCUCGCGUCUGGGUGAUGGUGACAAGCCCAACGCGAUUCCUCCCAGACCGCACCGCGAUAUUUUUCUGCAGCAGCGCAGCGCGGCGCGGCGCGACAGCAAGAGGAUAAAGAUGCACCCGCCACGACUCGCCUGCACGCCGCCGCAUGACCUUUGGUGCGCAUCCGCUUCUGCUUUGUGACGCAUGCACUUAACGCACGCCGCGCUGGCACGCGCUCGCAGCAUGACUUCAUUUCCCCCGAUGGUAACCUUCCCCCUCUAUGACACGGAAGGAAUCCUCUCGGGCGAUAAGGAGCAAUAAACAAUUAUGGGAUGUUAUCGAAAGUUUCGCACGUGUUGACAAGACUGAUACCUUAUCAUCUUUCCAAGAUGUGUGUGUAAAAAAAAAAAACAAACGAGGGUUCCCUUGUCCGGGGUUUACCUGCGGCUCGGUAGGACUUGAGGCGUAACCGCGGACUUUCACAAGUUCCCACGUACUCUGUCGAACUUUUCUUGGAACAUCUUGAGGGCAACAGGAAACGAACUAUCUUCCUGACGUGAGUGCAAACCUGAUAAAACCCUCGAGACGACGCAAAUCCGGAUAGCUCGAGACGAGUUGUGACCUCCGUUACACGCAUGACAAGAUCUCGGGUCACACUCCAGCAGAGUGUGACGAAAGGGGAUGUCGAUGGAGGACCUGCGACUGUCGACUGUGACGACACUCAGCAGGUGAGCGGCUUGCCGGGCCAAGGUCGGUCUUCUCCCCAGCUCACUUUUCUCCAUCGCAGGUAGGGAGGAGUUGAACCGCUCCGUGGAUGACGAGUUAAACCAGUUUGUGUUGCAGGUAUUGUGCGAGUGACAGAUCGAAGCAGUUGUUGGGGGACAAGUCAAUCCAGUCUGUGGGUGAUCAGCGGAACCGAUUUGUGUUUGACAAGCAAAAUCAGUUCCUCUCGCGGUGAAUGACGAGAUGAACCGCUCUGUGAUAUGUUGAAGUGGUAGUGUGUGUGCAUGGGUGACAUUCCGAACCGGUUCGUGGGUGACACGGUGAACUUGGGUAACAAUUAAACCACUGCCAACAAUAGCACGUGAAACUAUUUUGUAAAUUACAAGUUUAAAAACAUUGUGAAUGACAGUCGAAACUAGUGGAUGACAAGAGAGUUUGUUGGUGACAAGAAGAAGCAGUUUCGAGUUGACUAGCUAAACCAGUUUGAGACUAAAAAGCUGAACCACUACGUCGUGUGCAACAGCUCACAAAUGUUCAGUACGUGACGUGACGCAGCAACAACACGACCUUUGACCUAUACUACUACCACCGACCCACCCACCUGCGCGAACCAACAUCAGCGUCUUGGCAACAUCAGAAAAUGUUGGUCGUCGCUGGCUGAAGAAGCACUUUCAUCGUUUCUGUGGGGUGAAUGCUCCAACGACCAUCAGGAAUUGCCCGUCGCACAUUUCUAAGCUCGUUCCCCGAAUUGCAUCAUUUGAAAUCGGUCCAUGUCCUCCCGUGCUGUCUGUGAGUACUCCCUGGAGGACAGCAGCUGGUCAAAGCGGCUUUUCCACCGUUUGCCUCCAAUUUCGGGUGAGACAAGCCAGACAUCGCCACUCUGUCCACUGCAGUUGCCGGAUGGGAAGAAGUUAAAGAGGAAGAACUGGGUUUUUUUUCAAACUAUCAACAUAACUGUUUCUGUUGAUGUCAAGUCCUCUGAUUACAUGGCAUUUCGUAAUGUAAGAACCAUUUCUGUUACCACAUCACCAACGAGGCAUUGCCGAACAUGAGUGACACUCCCCCGAUGGGUAAUCGUCGUGCGAGGACAUAAUACCGAAGAAACCGAGGUAGAGGUUUCUGUCAGGAACGACGCGUGCAACGAGAGUGUUGUCGAGGAGAAAACGUGGACUUUAAUUUAUCUGCUCUUUAACGUUGCAGCUGUGUGUGGCAGUUGUAGAAAAUCAGUCAACGAUGUUGAAAUCCAGGGGAGGUAAAUUACAUCCUCCGUUAUCGCCCCCUAAGCCUCCACGCACCGCGGGCGGGUCCUGGCGCCCACAAGGUGUUGUACGGGACGCGUCACGCCUGACUGAUUCUGAUCGAUAAUCUACAGAAAACACACACACACACACACACACACACACACACACACACACACACACACACACACACACACACACACACACACACACACACACACACACACACACACACGCACACAUGCACACACACAAGGUGUUAGAGUGCACUCAAGUGCUCAGUACAGACAUCUCGCUACAUUGAUCAGUCGUUGCCCUUUCUUCUCUCGCUCGUUGGCGGAACUCGUGGGCGCAUCCAGACACGCUCGCGCCCUUGCGAAUGUGCGAGAGUCGAGAAAAGAGGCUUCAUUGGAAUCCGUGCUGAUAGACGGAGAGGUUGUGAGCAGGAAGGAGUCUUAUUUUUUUCAAGGAAGGAUGCUGUUAAACAUUCAUGAGACUUUUCUAGCAAGAAGCUUAUAAUCGCGGUGCGAGUUACAGUAGUUGGAUGUUCUGCUAAGUACAGGUUUAGUGAAAGUGAGUGGAGACAGAAGACAAGGUGAGUUUGAUUGCUGAGAAAGUUUGUUUGAAGACGGCAGAGGUUCAUAUGAACAAAAUAAAUUCAUCUGCAAUGACCGGUGCUGGAUCAAGUGGCUCAUUGUCUCAACUCUUUAGAAGCAGCAGUACCUUGAGAUUUCUUGAGUUUUUUUUAGUCAAAAUUCAACGCUGGUGUGAUAUGGAUGUCUAGGUCUGAAAAUUCAGGUAAGCAAGUAUUUGGUUGCGAAAUAUUUCUUUUUCAGCUCUGAAAAAAAUCCACCUGUUACUAGAAAUCAUAGAAAAUGACAAAACACUGGUACAAAGCGACUACUUUUAAAAAGGUGUAUGCUGUCUUUUGUGGAGAUGUAAACAAGUUUGAAGUUUUCAGUCAUGAAAUGCUUGCCAGACUCCAUUAAAUUGUAAAAGAAGACUGCAAGUCUUUGUGGGAAAAGAAGUCCCGACCACCUCUGAGUCUCAACAUGAGAUUAGAAACCUCGUGACUAGCACAGGAAGUAGUUCGGCCUCGUUCUGAUGGCGUGUAGGUCACAAGGACCCUGCAGCGCGUGUGCAACUUGACCUCGAUCACUGGCGCCAAGACCUGAGUUUCCGCAUCACUUCCCACGAUGGCCAGCCUCAUGUUGCCCCCUAAGGGCCUGGCCCUGUUCUUGACGGCCCUGCAGGUUCUGCAUGUUACUUUAUCUUCCUCAUUCCGCACGUCGGGGGGACUUGGGGGAGCGGCUCGGUACAUGUGGAACAGCAGCGCCGCCCCCAGCAAGUCGGCCUUCAUAGAUGGGGACGUCAUCCUGGGGGGACUGUUUCCGGUGCACCACAUGGGAGAGAGCUCGUGCAGUGGCAUCAACCUUGACCGUGGGGUCGAGCGCCUGGAGGCCAUGCUUUUCACGAUUGACGAGAUCAACCGCAACUCCUCCAUCCUCCCCGGGGUCAAGUUGGGGGCCACCAUCUUCGACACCUGUGGCCUGACGACGUAUGCACUGGAACAGUCGCUAGAGUUCAUCCGCGGCUCCUUCACCACCCUGGACACCACGGAGUUCGUCUGCAGCGACGGCUCCACGGCCCAAGCCAGGAAGGUCGGGAAGUCCGUGGCAGGGGUUAUCGGGGGGUCAUACAGCUCCGUGUCGAUCCAGGUGGCAAACUUGCUGCGGCUGUUCAAGCUCCCGCAGAUCUCCUACGCCUCCACCAGCGCCUCCCUCAGCGAUAAGAACCGCUACGACUACUUCGUGCGCACCGUUCCGCCGGACAUCCUGCAAGCCAAAGCGCUGGUGGACAUCGUGCAAGCCUUCAACUGGACCUACGUCUCGACGAUCCAUUCCGAGGGCGAGUACGGGAAGUCCGGGAUCGACUACUUCAAGCAAGAAGCUCGAGCCAAGAACAUCUGUAUCGCAGCCUCUGUAGAGCUUAGCGAGAAAGCCAGCGACGUCUCCUACGACAAUGCCAUCGCCGAAAUCCUCAGCAAGUCCGACGCCCGCGUCGUCAUCAUCUUUGUCAAAACGGAGGACGCCAUGGGGUUGCUGGAUGCAGCCACGCGCCGCAACCUUAGCGGCCAUUUUAUCUUCGUGGCCAGUGAUGCUUGGGGCAACCGAAUCGCCCCCGUGCAGAACAAUCAGCUGGCCGCGCAAGGAGCGAUAACUCUGGAACUUCAGUCGACUCCGAUAGCCAAAUUCGAGGACUACUUCUUAAAGCUGAACCCUCGUGAGAACCGCCGGAAUCCGUGGUUCAUCGAAUACUUCGAGGAGGUUCAUAAGUGUCGGUGGCACGAGAACUCUGCCAAGCAGCCCAAAGACAAGUUGUGCACUGGCUACGAGAAGCAGAACCGGAAGUUAGAGUCCCAGGAGAGCAAAGUCCAGUUCAUCUACGAUGCAGUGUACGCCCUCGCGCUGGCCCUCGAUCGCAUGCACCGUGAUGUUUGCCCCGGGGUACGAGGACUGUGCGCCAAGAUGAACCCCAUCGAUGGCGAGAGGUUGCUGAAGGAUUACCUGCUCAACAUCUCCUUUGAUGAUGGCUAUGGAGCUACGGUGCACUUUGACGAGAACGGCGACGGGCCAGGCCGCUACACCAUCAUGAACUACCAGCGCAACCGCACGACUCGCGAGUACGAGUACAAGCUGGUGGGCACGUGGGCCGACUCCCUGCUCGACCUGGACCUCAGCAAAAUCAUCUGGGCGGGAGGCACCAUGGACAUCCCCAGGUCGCGGUGCAGUGAACCGUGUGAGGAGGGCGAGAUCAAGAACAUCCAGAAGGGCGAGCAGUGCUGUUGGAUCUGCACCAAGUGCAACCCCUGGGAGUACAUCCGCGACGAGAAGACUUGCGAGUCGUGCCCCGAGGGCAGGUGGCCGUACGCCAACAAGACGGGCUGCUUCCAGCUGGAGGUUCAGCACAUGACCUGGGGCUCCAUCUACGCCAUCCUCCCCAUGGCGCUGGCCAGCGUGGGCAUCGGCUGCACCGUCUUCGUCAUCGUCCUCUUCACCAUGUUCAACAACACGCCCGUGGUGAUGGCGUCUGGGCGGGAGCUGAGCUACAUGCUGCUCUCCGGGUGCGUCGUCUGCUACGUCAUGACGUUCGUGCUGCUGGCAACGCCCUCGACGGUGUCCUGCGGCGCACAGCGCUUCGGCGUUGGUUUCGGUUUCUCCAUUGUGUAUUCCUCGUUGCUCAUUAAGACCAAUCGCAUCUCACGGAUAUUUGAGAGUGCGCGACGCUCGGCCAAGCGGCCACCCUUCAUCAGCCCCAAGUCGCAGAUUGUCAUGACCUGCGUGCUGAUCGCCAUGCAGGUGCUCUUUACCUCCGUCUGGCUGCUGGUAGAGCACCCCGGCACCCGCCUGCACCACCCGGACAGCCGUGAGCCUGUCAUCAUACUCAAGUGCUCCAGCGAUGACAUCUCCUUCCUGGUGUCGCUGGUCUACAACAUCCUCUUGAUCAUCAUCUGCACGGUGUACGCAGUCAAGACCAGGAAGAUACCCGAGAACUUUAACGAAAGCAAGUUUAUCGGCUUUGCCAUGUACACCACCUGCAUCAUCUGGUUGGCUUUCGUCCCUAUCUACUUCGGCACGCUCAACUCUUUCAAGAUUCAGAUCACGACCCUGUGUGUGUCCAUCUCGCUGAGUGCCACGGUGGCUCUCCUGUGCCUCUUCAUGCCCAAGGUCUACAUCAUCGUCUUCCAGCCGCAGAAGAACGUCCGCAAGCUCACCAUGAACUCUGCCUCCUACAAAAUGGCGCCAUCUGGAUCCACCGGCACGUCCAACAACUACGGUAAGACAGAAUCCAUUCCGCUGAAGGAAGAAAUUCUAGCGCCAUCUUCCGAGCACAUACGACUGAACGUCCAGCAGAGAACGGGUACAGCGGGGCCACAGACCUUGAGACCGACAGAGACAGCCUGGCAUCGCUGUAGACAGACGUAGACACAGGCAUCAGUGAAUCCUGCAGCGAUGUAGACAGACAUGGUGGAGCCUGGGCGGUGUAGACAGAGUAUUGUAGACAGAGCCUGCGUGAAGCCGACAGUGCUGUAGACAGAUGUCUGGAUCCUGGAGUGAUGUGAACAACAGUGUUGUGGAGCAGCGAGUGAUGUAGACGGAAACAUCGACAGAGGUAGACACAGCUGUGAGUGGUACAGACAGCUGGAGUGGAGGCUAGAGUCAUGUAGACAGAGCCUGCAUGGUUUUGCUCAAGCCCCCGGGUUGACUUUUCAGGGUUAGUCUUAACCAGCUUUCUGGCUGGACAGCUGGCUGCUGACGAGUGUGGUUUUAAACAAGAACAUCUGCCGAUUCUUCCGUGAUGUCUGCUCAUUUACUAUUUAUUACUCUUUUUUUAAAAAAAAAGUAUAAUUGUUGCUGUGGGAAGGGUUCGAGAGCGAGAGUAGUUAUGCCAGAAUCUGACAUUUUCACAUCAAAAGGUAUUUCAACCACGACCAACAAAAAUAACAGAAUCGUGCACUUUCUUGAUUCAUCCAGAGGUAGCAUGGAGGUCAACACGGUCUCCCUCAACCUCCGCCACCCGCCACCCCAAAAAAGAAGCAACUGCCCACACAGUGGGCAACCGUUUGCAGCAAUAAAUGGGGAAAAUAUUUUGCAAAAACCGGGCAGACAUAAGGGUUCAAAGGUCACAUAGAGAAAAAGUAGCGACAAAAGAAGCGUGAUGUUGUAUUGACAAAGAGAAGUGACUCGCCGAGAAAUCGAGAGAAGCUUCUUUUCCUCCGUGCAAGUGCCUGUCCGCCCGAGCUGUACCUGCAGUCUAGUGGUGACGUCAUUUCCGGGAAGAUUUGAACACGCACGAUGCUGCUGCCAUCAACUUCGUACACCUUCCCUUGGGUGGGGUGGGGAGAGAAAGUGCGUGUGCGAGUGUGCAUUUUUUUGUUAAAGGUGUAUGUGUAAAUGUUUAUAUGUGUAAACAUGUGUAUUUAUGUCGACGUGUGAACACGUGUAUGUAUGAUGCAGCCGUUUAAAGAAGUACCUGUCAGGGUACUCGUUGUUCAUUGAAAACUGUUCUCAGACCUCCAUGAGGACGAUCUGUUUCUAGCAACGCACUGCACGUCCACUGGCGCCAUGAUGGUCAGCUGUCUCCGACACCAAGUAACUGUAUCGUGUAUGAUGGAUCUGAAUUUGUUUUUGUUGAUGUUUCAGCAUCCAAACAGCCACACCCAGUAGCAUGCACAGUAGGAGCAGAGUCUACUUGUUGUUUGAUGAUCAGAUGUUGUGGCGAGAUGCUUUGUUAUAGUGAACAUUAUUUCUUCUCCCUCCAAACAUUCAUUGUCUGGAAAGCUUGUACAGUGAACAGCAUCGUCAAAUAUUUGUUUUCACAACUUCUGUAAGUUCGGGUUGGGGGAGCAAAAAGCACCUUAAGGCAGAGAUAAGUUUUUUGGUUGUCCUUUUCAAUCCAAAGUCUAAGCAGAUGUCAGUCUGGUUCCUUGGGACACCUCUGUUUAAUUUUAGUGGUGUUUAGACAGCAAUGGGAAACAAUGGACCGUUAUUUUAUUAAUAAGUUGCAUCUGGAUGAAUGAAACAGAAUAGUAAACAGAAAGUUUAAUACAUAAAUUGGUAGCGCAGUAUUUUGUUAUUUUUUCUGAAAACUAUUUCAAUUUUUGUUGUUGUAGGAGGAACAAGACCUCAAUCUGGCUAUUCCGUUUUCAAUAAGACAUUAAGAUCUGAUUUUAAAAAAAUUUUUAAAGCAAAAAUUUUAUUACUCACUAAAUAAUAAUUAUGAACGAUCACACUUUCUGACUGACUGUGUGUGUGUGUGUGUGGCAGACUUUGAGAGAUGAUGUGAGUGAACAUGACUAUGUGUUCGUGUGUCUGAACUAAAUGCAUUGUAAAAGUUAAUCUUUGUCUUUUCGUAGUAAAUUUUUCUACUCCAGUUAUAAGUCCAUCACCGCUUACCUCAAGACUAGUAGAUAUAAGAGGCUGCAAUAAGUAAUACAAGUCACGAAUCGUGAACCUUCUAGUGCAGGAUGAGAAAUGUAUCCCGCAGGAUAUCCUGGAGGAUGGAGAAGCAUUUGACAGGAUAUGAAACAUUCAACAGACUUGGCAAAAACGUGAAUAACACGUGUCCUACACCACAGGUAACUCCAUCAUACAAUGUUUUCAGGACAGGAAACAACUUUUCACCGCCUGUUCUGUAAAACUGAUGACAGUAUUUUCUGUCUGUGAAAAAAUUAUCUCAAAUAAUUGACAAAAAGGUCCAGGACUGAGAAAUGUUUGACCGGAUAUGAAAGUGUACUCUGCAGUCAAGCGAAGAUAAUCUGUAAUAUUUGAGGAAGUGACAUCAGAAACUCGUCGUAGCGGCGACCUCUGACCCUGACUUGAACUCGAAUUCAGAAAGUGCAUCAUUGGUUGUAAUGUACGUGGUCACGAACUCGUUUCUUGCUUGAUUUGUGAUUUGCAUUCAUGCAUGAAUAUUCAUGGUUUUCUUCUCCAUUCGUAAAUAGUCAAUCACACAUCAUAACAUUUCAAACUGACAACGAAAUAGAAGUCUGCGAAGAGAGAGAAAGAAAAAGGAAGAAGUCUGAAUUAGACAUGCCUUUGUAAACAUUUAGAUAACGAAAAAGAUGUUUUGUUCUAUAGAAAUGUCCCUACUCUCAAACGAAACAUUUUAUGGGAGCUUGAGAUAUCAUCUUCAAGAGUAUUUAGCUCACAAUUAGCGAGCAUGGAGACUUGUUUGCAUUUAUUAACAAAACCAACACCAGCUGUGCUUAAAAUAGAACAAAUAACUAACUUAAAAUGUAAAAAUAACAAAAUUUGAUUUAACCCUUGUGAGGGAACGAGGUUAUAAUGAUACAAAUUUUUUGUUUCGAAUUAUUUUUUCAAAAAAAUAUUUAUUUCUUGUGUCUUUUUUAUUAUUGCUAUUUUAGUGUAACUGUUCCUUCUUUUUUUAUAAAAAGACAAACUAGUGAAGAGUAACUCAAAAAGUUUCACAAUGGUCAGUUUUGAGAAACCAUGGUUAUCUGUGAGUUUGUGUCACUAACAUUGAAGAUGCACAACAGUCUUUAGCUACCCUCUGUACAGCCAAACCAUUAGCUACACAGACAAGACAGCCACCGGUUAUUCUAGAUAACUGACAUCAAUGACACUCAAAGACGAAAGUGGACAACCGUUUUUGUUUUUUUUUUCUCUUGUGCUUCAUGCCGGCUGCUUUGAAGCCGCUAACAAGGAAAUUAUAAGUUUGCAAAGGUGAAGAAGCUUAACCGAGGGUUACAUCCACACCAAGCAGCAAUGCAAGGUGUUGUGUCUUCGUGCACGAGCUUGUUUUCCUUCUCUGCUUCAUUGGAUUGAUUCGCCGACUGCGAGAGGUUUUUGCACGAGUGAUGCAGGGCGUGGAAGAUAAAGGGACCGCUGGAGACAGUAGGAAGAGAAAUCAAAAUCCAACUCCAGGAAAGUUUUGACAUUUGCUGCCCAGGCGACUGCUUCUUUCUUUAAAGUCGGGUGCGGGGGUGGAUGCGGGGAAGGGGAGGGAGGAGGCUGCAGAAUUCACUCGAAACUAAUAUCCAUAGUAGGUGUGUCUCACCUUUUUCGCACACUCUCAGUUGCAAGGGCGUGCCACUGUGGCAGUCGGGUAUCCCACCCGGCGGUCUAUGCGACAUUUUGACAUCCCACCCCUACUUUUUCAGAUUUUCCUUUUUUUCAGUUUAUUUUUGUCUCCCCUUUGUUCGCCACUCUUUCUUGCAAAAAGGAGACACCUCCCUCCUCCCAUCUCUCUCUCCCAUCUCUCUCUGUCUCUCUCUCUCUCUCAAGCAGUUAUUUUAGUUCUGUCAUAAAAGCAACUAUUGCAUAAUGUCACAUUGGACGCUUCCUUUGUACCCUCCCUUCAAUCGUGGGUUCGAAUCCACACUGAGGGUUGUCUGUCUUCUCCAUCUUCUCCCGUCAUCUCUCUUUCCUCCGUUUUAUCCUUCCUUUCUUUUAUUGGUUCUUUCUUUUUGGUUGGAGCUCGUUGUGUUUUUUGUCAUUAAUCACUGAUGGGAUUUCUUGACAAAGCCUAGAACCCAGUCUGAUUGCAUGAACCUAAUUUCAUGCCAUCUAAGCAAGGACUUUUUGUCUUCAUCAAACUUUCUGAAUUUCGUUUGCCGAGAGUUCAUUACACUGAUAACCUCUAUCUGGUUUUUAUAAAAAGUACAAUUCAUUUUCGUGUUACAGCAACUCGGUUCUUUAUUGUGUCACACCAACUCAAAUAUAGACAUAACAACAACUCUGUAAACUUAGUAUACGAGGGCUUAAGAGCGAACAAGUUUCAUUGUAGAUAUUCCUUAGGUCCGUUGGAUACAUUUCCAGGUCUUCUUUGAAGACGGGGUGGACAUCAAGAGUGUCAACAACCAACAAGGAGUACUUCCGCUGUUGGUGUUUUACCUGUCUCCAAGACUGGAAAUUGUUUUCUUGAGACAAACUGUUACUGAAAACUACUCUGUAGGAAUGAGGAAUGUGUAUCCAGAAAGUUAAAGGCCACACUUGUACAAAUCUUUACUGUGUGAUAGCAGAAAUUCUAAAUGCACGAGGGUUAAAAAAGAUGAAUUUUUAAAUGUAUUUUUGAAUGUAUUUUUAUGCCUCAUUUUGAGGCUUUGAGGGAAAAGUGAUGGGAAAUUUUUUAAAAAUUUUUAACACAUUUAAGAUUGAUUGGAGAAGGAGAAAGAAUAUUUUUAUUUUUUCCAAAUUCUUGACAUUAGCUGUUUUUAAUAAUAAUAAUAAUAAUAAUAAUAAUAAUAAUAAUAAUAAUAAUUCGGAUCCGUAUGUAUGCGUGUUGUGCGUAUGUUUACAUUGUUCGUUCCUAUGACGAACAUAUUUUCUUCCUUUCCAUAAACAAAAAUAUUUACACCGCUUUCUCUUGGCUACCCUCUGUGCCCUGCAGUUAGUCUCCAAUAUUUAAAUUUCUCUCACGAAUUCUUGUGAUGUGUAUGAGUCAUCGCCGACAGCUGCAACAUCGCCACUUGGUUGACAACCUCUUUGUCAAUGCUUCCACUUCUGUUGCUGUAGCAGCUGCCUGCUUUCAUCUCGUGUCGUGGUCAAAAAUAAACAAUCUGGUCGUUUUCGCACAAGUACUGACAAAAAAAGCAUGAAUAUAUUCGCAUCUCUUAAAAAAAAAAAUAAUCAUUGAGUUUGAUCGACAAUGUGUCCAUUUUCUUAGAAAUUUAUUGGCUCCGUGCCAAAGUAAUUUGUCCGAAAUUCUGUCGUUUCUGCCAUCUGAUGUUUUGUUUGAUUUUUGUGUGUGGAUAAUAUGAAAAAUGUGUAUUUAUGUAGUGAAUCGCUCCACAUGCUGAUGUUGGUAUGUAACAAAGGAUUUUUCUACUUUGCCUUGGCACAAAGCCUAGUCUAAAAUGUCUGAUACAGUUUUUGUGCUCAGAAACAUCCGACAGAAUGAAUGAUUUAUUGUAUUUGUCAACAAGCAUCGUUGUGGCUUCGCUUCUUGAGUGUAAUGUUAUGAGACAAUCACCUGAUGUUUCUAUGUCUGCUUUAUAGUAUACAGUUCUAGACAGGUGUGAAUAUUUCUUUGUACUUUCUUCACAACAUCAAACAGGUAUUGAAUUUCGUCCAGACGUCUGGCUAAUACUCUUUACUUUUGCUUGAAAGUAAUCUUGAAUCACUUUGUAAGAUUGUUUUUGUAAACAUUUUAACUGGUGCUGCAGGAAAGUAUUCUCUCUCAGAGGUUUCUUAAAAGUUCUUCAAACAAGAUGAAAACUACAGUCAAAUGUUUUUGCUUUCUUUUGUUAAUACAAAGUCUUUACACUUCCCUGUUUUCCACAUUCCGAUGCUAGUUCUUGUUUUCCUUCACGCUGUUCAGGUCACGUGGCUGACAGAGCGCAAAAUGUCUUUGACAUCUUCUUCAAAUGCCAGAGCCGGUCGAAUAUUAGUUGGCCGACUGUUUGCUCUUUCUAUCCAUCUAUCUUUUUUUUCCCCUCGUCCUUUUUGUCAAUUUUUUUCCUUCCUGUUCAAGUGGUUUGCAAACCAAUUUUCUUCAUUUUCGAUUCGUUUUUUCUCACAUUCUUCUUUGAUUAUUUUGUCUUUUAACCUUUUAGUAACUGUGAGUAGAGAGAACGCCAUCCAUUUUCUAGAACUUAUUUUAUAAAAGUUUAAUUUUAAAAAUACUGAACGAGUCAUUAAUAAAUACUUACAUACUAUACCUGUGGCUACUUACUCAGAAUAGACCAACACGUGGUUCCCGUAGUAACCAAACAUAACAACAAUAAUGCCGCUGUAUGUUCAUUGUGCCAUUAAGGAAGUUACAAAAAUGUUCAUUCUUCUUUGUUUUGUGACUGUGAAUGGUUUUAGGUAAGUUUGAAAACAGUCAAGAAACCAAUGUACACUGUGAGUGUUUGUGAAGCUGUCCUGCUUUGAAGACCGGACGAACCCACAAACCUCCUUUGAUGCCGGCAACGAAUAAAUUGUUUACCCAUGCGAGUGUGCGCUCGCGUGUGAAUGUGUGUGCGCGUACGUGUGUUCGACCAAUUUUGUAUAAGAUUUGUUACAUCUACAAUGUUGUGAAUCCAUACGAUGUACAAGAAAGUACGAUCUUGUACACUGAACACUCAGUGAAGCCGUCACAUGUCACAGUGUACGAACAUUUCUCCGUGAUGUUUCUGUGUAUAUACCUGUUGAUAAUCGUUCUUAUUGCUUGUAAUUUUUUUUUUAAAGAGUCUUGAACUUCCGAUUGAAUAAAACGGAAAUCAAUCAAGCAAGGCCUGUAUCUGUGAUGACUUGUCGAGGAGGGUCGGGUGGACAUCAGUUCUGGGUGUGGGGCUGCCAGGGUGCAGGUGAAUGACCUCCCUUCACACACUUUACCGUUAGAUGCUGGUAGCUAACCCCCCCUGGGAGUGCACCCUGCUGGUUACUUGAAUCGCUGUGUAGUCUGUGACUGAGUUAUUACUAUGUUUGACCUGAGGGCUGUGUCACACUGGUGUGCAGUCCGUGACAACGUGAUUACUACGUUGGACGUAAAGGCUGUGUCAAAUGCGGCGCAAUAUGAUGUUGGCCUUUGAUGCUCAUUUUAAACAUGUUUGGGGAAGAAACCUCUCGCAAUAUUUACAUUGACAUUUCUGGAAGAAUGAAUGCUUUUGUCUUCGUUAUGCAUGAUGUGCAGUUCUUGGUCUUACCUGUUAUGCAAAUGCAGCAGUCGUGACUGUACACCUGUAUCCUUCUCUUACCUUCACAUUUUUAAUAUUACUGAAAAAUGAUAUUUUGGAAUGGUAUAAAAUUACCAGGAAAAGACCAGGAAGAGAAGUAUAGAUAGAAAUGUUCUGUAAAGACUGCUUUGGUCUCAAUUUACUUUACUGAAUACGAUUUCAUUGUCGGGGCACAGUUUUAUAUUCACCAUAAAAAUACUUUAAAGUAAACACAACACUCGUUAUGAUUUCUGACCCUCGUGGUCUUGAUUGAAGAUUGUGUUAAUCUCGUUUUAAAGCUUAAAUAAAAUUGACUUAAAAUACUACUUUUGUCAUCGGAACUCCUUCUAAACAGCUCUGAACACGAUGGGUCAAUCACAAUAGGAAAUUCUGGGACUGCAAGGCCAAUGGAAGAUGGUUAGGACUCCAAAGCUACGAGCGAUCUUUCUUUAAUAUUACAAAAAAAUAUUAUUUUCGGAAAUCAAGACCCUGAUCUUUUAGAAUUCUGGUUCCAUCGUCAAACACUACUGUACUGGAGGGCUCUACGACCUUUUAACCACCUUAGUCUCAAAGUUUCGUGUAGUGAACAGUUCACGGACUGAUGCCAACCAGUGUCUCAGACUAGUUGUGACUUUAUCUAAAUAACUUAUAUCAAUAAAAUAUUCAUAGAAAGAAAGCUGAUUACACAUUUUUCCCUUAAUUAAUCCUCUUUGCAAAAAGGAAAUGAAGAAUUAUAAGUGAAUAGAGAAAGAGGGGACAAGUGUUUUAGAAUUUGUUUGUUCUUUUUUAUUGGGAGGGAGUGGGUGGGAGUAGGGUGCUGUAUAUUUAUGUCGGUGAAAUACAGGGAUGGGGCAUUGAUGGUUGUGCAGUCUGGCACCUCCAUCUUCCAUCUGUGCCCACCCGUAUACUACCCUCCACCCCGUUUGGCUGCUGUACCACUCGAGAUUUCACACUUUCAUCAUUGUGUAAGAACAGGUGUGUCACAACUACUGCGUGCGUGCGUGUCUGUCUGUGUGUGUGUGUUCGCGCCUGUGUACGUAUCAAGUGUUUUCACAACACUGUAAAGACAGCUGUGUUGUCACGUGUCUUGACAGCCGUGUUGUGUCACGUAUCUUGACAGCUGUGUCAUGUGUCACGUUCAAUUUACAAGGGCCAGUCAGUCGGCGAGGUGCACGUGUGCAGCAGUUUGUCGUCAUGGCUACGCGCAGGUAGCGUCUGUAGCCCUCACAUCCACAAAGGUUUCUCAGGUAGGCGAACUGAACUUGCUCCUCUCCCUCUUCUUGUCUUGGAACUGGAGAUGGGUGUGGCUGGGGCAGAGCUUCAUGUCUCCAUUCUUCCUGUUUACAAACUUUUAAGGACAAAGGAGAAAAGCGCACCCGGAAUAGACAGUGGGGUAGGUUUCUUUUCUCUUCUGGGUAGGUCUUUGAGUGCCCACCCCGAGUGCUGACGUAGACAAAGAUUGAUGAUGGUGUUGCUACGAUGGUUCUUUGCGAGUGAAUCUCUGGCAUGUCCUCGUCUGGCUGUUUAAAACUAAUUAACAAAGAAACUAAUGAGGAGGUGGGCGGCGAGGCCAUGAAGCAAACCGCUGGACGCUGCAUCUCUCGGCUCACUGACCCCUGUACACAAGUUCGCUAUGUACAAGUAUUCCAUUCCACACCGCAGGUGUCUGGUCCAGUGGCAGAUGCCACACCAGAUGAAACGUGUUGUGAGUGCUUUUGUAUAAAAACAGAAACUAGCUUCUCGACUGCAACCCUUUGUCUCUUCCUUCAGAUGUGUGCCUGCCUAGAGAACAUUUUCAAAAAUGACUUGUUUCUUGUUUUUUUGUGUUGUUAUAUUUCAUAAUAAACUGUAGGCUUAGCAUGGAGUAUAUAUAUAUCUACAACAGGAAAUAGGCCUGGACUUGAUAUAUAUAUAUAUUAUUGUAUACAUGUACGGCGAAAAUAAAGGACGUGCGUCUGUGGGACCUGCAAUGCUACUAUGCCAUUACUUGUUUGUGUCCAGCUUUAUUUAUUAUUUAGUAUUUCUUCCCUGGUAAACACUAUGUUUUCUCAUUGCUGUUCACCUCACAGUUUUAACACCUUUGUUAAUUCAUUUGAUAGAUUCUAAUUUAUUAAGUCCGUGUUAGAUAUUGAUGAUAGAUAUCGUGUUAGGUAUGUCAGGUUUUUAUCUCACACAACCAGAACAUUCCAUGGAUUGAUACAUACUUGUAUGUGAUCCUGCUUGUUUGUUCAUUUUAUGCUUUUUUGAGAGAAGAAAAUCAUGUCACUUUAAAAUUUUUGUACCUGAAAUAUUCAAUUCCGCUUUAUCACCGACACUGGAAUUAAUUAAUUAUUAAUUAUAAUUCAUCACAAUAAUUAAUUAUUCAUUUACAAGUGUUUCGUUCGUGGUCAUUAGUGGGUCAGUGUUGCACAUGGUGAAUAUACUUUUCUGUAAACAACACAACGGAUCUGUUAUAACCGCUUUGUGAUGUAAGGCCUGUUGUAAGAACUAAUAUGAAUACCUACCAUCGCUUGACCUUAACAACACCUCCAUCAGCAACAUCGUAGUUCAUGAUCAUCCUACCAGUGCAAUGUGAUGAUACCCUUUUAUUGCCCCUCUUCCUCCCUCCACCUACCCAGUAGGAACAUCGGUCAUUGUACACGCAUGAUAAUGUCAUGGACAAUAAAAACUCACAAAGUCUG